AGUUGGAAUGCGGCGCCUGGGCGCGCUCGGGGGCGGCUGAGAGUUCCCGUGCUGGCCGCGGGGCGUGUGUCCCGGAUCUAGCUCUACCCCCGCAGCGGGUCCCCCUUCAGCCCUUGCUGCAGCUCGCGAUGGAGUCCUUGGCUUUCCCCCGGUAUCCCGGCCCGGCUCCCUCGGCCGCCGCGGCCCUGCCCGACGGGCUCAAGUCUCCCAAGCCCCUGAUGAAGAAGCAGGCGGUAAAGCGGCACCACCACAAGCACAACCUGCGGCACCGCUACGAGUUCCUGGAGACCCUGGGCAAGGGCACCUAUGGCAAAGUGAAGAAGGCGCGAGAGAGCUCGGGGCGCCUGGUGGCCAUCAAGUCGAUCCGGAAAGACAAAAUCAAAGAUGAACAAGAUCUGAUGCACAUUCGACGAGAGAUUGAGAUCAUGUCAUCACUCAACCACCCCCAUAUAAUUGCCAUCCAUGAAGUGUUUGAGAAUAGCAGCAAGAUCGUGAUCGUCAUGGAGUACGCCAGCCGGGGCGACCUGUACGACUACAUCAGUGAGCGGCAGCGGCUCAGCGAGCGCGACGCCCGCCAUUUCUUCCGGCAGAUCGUCUCUGCCGUGCACUACUGCCACCAGAAUGGGGUUGUCCACCGGGACCUCAAGCUGGAGAACAUCCUCCUAGAUGCCAGUGGGAAUAUUAAGAUCGCUGACUUUGGCCUCUCCAACCUCUACCACCAAGGCAAGUUCCUGCAGACAUUCUGCGGGAGCCCCCUCUACGCCUCACCAGAGAUCGUCAAUGGGAAGCCCUACACGGGCCCAGAGGUGGACAGCUGGUCCCUGGGUGUUCUCCUCUACAUCUUGGUGCAUGGCACCAUGCCCUUUGACGGGCAGGACCAUAAGACGCUGGUGAAACAGAUCAGUAACGGAGCCUACCGAGAGCCUCCCAAACCCUCCGAUGCCUGUGGCCUGAUCCGGUGGCUGUUAAUGGUGAACCCCACCCGCCGGGCCACCUUGGAGGAUGUGGCCAGUCACUGGUGGGUUAACUGGGGCUAUGCCACCUGUGUGGGAGAGCAGGAGGCAGGGCGCCCUGGCAGCGACUCUGGCCGGGCCUCCAUGGCUGACUGGCUCCGGCGGUCCUCCCGCCCCCUCCUGGAGAACGGGGCCAAGGUAUGCAGCUUCUUCAAGCAGCACACGCCUGGAAGCGGGAACGUGGUCUCCGGCCUGGAGCGCCAGCAUUCACUCAAGAAGUCCCGCAAAGAGAAUGACAUGGCCCAGUCUCUCCAGGGGGACCCGACUGAUGACACCUCCACUCGCCCUAGCAAGGGCAACCUCAAGCUACCAAAGGGCAUUCUCAAGAAGAAGGCGUCUGCCUCCUCGGAGUGGGCAAGGGAGGACUCUGCUCUCAGCCAAGUUCCUGCGAGCCCGGGACAGCCUGCCCCGCUGCUCCCCAAGAAGGGCAUCCUCAAGAAGUCUCGGCAGCGGGAAUCUGGCUACUACUCCUCUCCUGAGCCCAGCGAGUCUGGGGAGCUCUUGGAUGCAGGGGACGUGUUUAUGAGUGAGGACUCCGUGGAGCAGAAGCCCCCGCAGGCCUCAGGGCUGCUGCUCCGUCGCAAGGGCAUCCUCAAACACAACGGCAAGUUCUCCCGCACAACGCUGGAACUCGCAGCCCCCACCGCCUUCGGCUCCUUGAAUGAACUGGCCUCACCUUGCCCUGCUUCCCGGGCUAGCCGCCCCUCAGGGGCUGUGAGUGAGGACAGCAUUCUGUCCUCUGAGUCCUUUGACCAGCUGGACUUGCCCGACUGGCUCCCCGAGCCCCCUCUGCGGGGCUGUGUGUCUGUGGACAACCUCAUGGGGCUUGAAGAGCCCCCCGCAGAGGGCCCCCGAAGCAGGGGCCUGAGGCGCUGGCGGCAGGACUCCUUAGGGGAGAGCUGCUUUUCCCUGGGGGACUGCCAGGAGGUAACCGAGGCCUACCGACAGGCACUAGGGAUCUGUUCAAAGCUCAGCUGAGGAUGAGGGGCAUCGCCCCACCUGGGCAGGCUCUCGGAUGUGCCCAGAAACACCCUGAGGGGAGACCGCUUUCUCCCCUGCCUCCCAGGACCAGCAUCCUCGCCCAGAAGGGUGAGGUGUUUUGCAAUUAAGCCCUGGGGUGUGCCAGACGUGGGAAAUGAGCAAGUGAAAUGUAUUGAGGGUUCAGUGUCUCAGCCCUGUCAAACUAAGAAGGUAGUAGAGGGGAAAAGAGUAGAGAAGUAGAGGGGAAAGCCCAUGGCCAAGUCCGGGUUUUCUGUUUCGGGUACACGUGGUAGGACCACAGAAACCUGGAAAGAGCACUCGUAUCAGUACCCGUCUCCCUCAUUGCGAUGAGUACGUUCUGUGCACGGUGCCUUCCUGCCAAGAGAGGGAUGGAAACUCUUCUCAUACACAUUCCCAUCCCCGCCAGGCACCGAAACUGGAAUGUGGAACCACCUCAUGUGCCCAGGGCAUCCUGGGAACGCGCUCCUAGAAUGUGUCCCUUAUUUCUCCCAGCAGUAAGAGAACACAACCUCUGUUUCUUCAAAGGUUCCCUCUCCUUUCCCAUCCUCCAAACCUGGCCCAAGCCUCCUGGAGUUGCUGCUAUGAAUCUAAAAGACUUGAAAAGGCUCAGGCUGCUAUUGGACUUCAUCUCAAGGGGCCCAGACCCCCACCUUGAACCUCAAAGACUCUGAACUUCUCUGGCCUCCAAGCUGCUCCUGCUACUGAGAAUGGGUGUGUCCAUUUCUCUGGGCUUUUGGGACCCUAAAAUGUCCUAUUUAUGUUUUCAGCUCUGUGUUUUUAAAAAAGUGAAUCUCACUGUUUUCAAUAAUGUGAAUACUAUGUUCUGGAAAGUCAACUAUGAUAUCUAACUUUUGUAUACAGAGAUAUUUUUGCAAUGAUUCCCCACUGAUCAUGGGGGAGGGGGACCUUUUAUGAAUCCACAUGUCCUGUUGCACUAUUCAGAGGGGGUCUCUGGCUCCCUCAUCCACUCCCUGACUCUGUCUACCUGAUGGUCCAUCUUCCUUUCUCUGUGACCAGAAAGAACCACCCCAUUAAAAACCAGAACAGUGAUUGAAAA